UGCUGUUUCAAAUAGGGGUUUUAAAAUAAACAGGGGGGGGGGGAGAACCCUCACCCAGCAAUGCCACAUAUCACAAUAGCAAGCUAAAUAUAGUCCUGGAUUACAGAGCUAUUGUUUCCAAUUCUGCUAUAUAAAACUUGGGCUCUCCAGAAGAUGGAAUGCCUCUUGACCUUUUGUGUUCCACCAGCCUGGAUUUGUAUUUAACUGAUGCCAGGACAGCAGACUGGCCCUUAGAGGUGUCUUGUGUUGAUAUGACAGACCUUGGUGCCGGGUCCUGGCCAUGUUCCGGAGACGCAAGUCCAACACUUUGGAGCACAAGAAGAAUCUUGCUGUUCAUGGACCAAUGCCUCACAAUGACAUGAGAUCUUUCUUCAGCCUGUCUCAGCUGGUCCUUUCGGCGGGCCACUUGAGGCCACCACCAGUCAUCAGACAUUCAAAAAUCACGUACUUAGAAGUGGAGAUUCUUGAUGCCCAAAGCAAAAAGCAGAUCUGUGUAGUGGACAAGAUACCGCCUUCAUCUACACUUCUGGAUGUAAAACAUAAGUUCCACAAAGUAUGUCCUCAGUGGUAUCCGUCUCGUGUCGGCCUGCGACUAGAACGCAAUGGGUCCUAUUUGAAAGAUUCUGUCAACAUAAAAAGCCUUGCGGCCUCUUCUAUCAUUACGCUGUAUUUCACAGACAUGGGCCAACAGGUCAGCUGGAUGACAGUUUUCCUGACUGAAUAUACUAGCCCUCUUCUAAUUUAUCUGCUAUUUUACCUUCGUCUCUCCAGUGUUUAUGAUGCAAAGGAGUGCACCACACGUGUCCGCCAUCCCAUUGUUCAUCUGGCCUGCAUUUGCCACUGUUUACAUUACCUGCGGCAUCUUCUGGAGACCCUUUUUGUGCAUAAGAUUUCUGAAGGACAAACACCGCUGAAGAACCUGAUCAAGGGCUGUGCUUUUUACUGGGGAUUCACUUCUUGGAUUGCUUAUUACAUCAACCACCCACAAUACACUCCUCCAUCAUUUGGGAACAGACAAGUUACUUUGGCUGCCUUCACUUUCCUGAUAUGUGAAGCUGGGAGUCAUUUCAUCAGUGUAGCCCUAGUCCAUCAGAAUCAAUCAGGAAAUAAAUCCUCUUUUCCAAGUCCAUCAAUCAACCCUUUUACGUGGCUGUUUGCACUGGUCUCUUGUCCAAACUAUACCUAUGAGAUUGGCUCUUGGAUCAGUUUUACAUUAAUGACACAAACUCUGCCAGUGGGUGUCUUUGCAUUACUAAUAGCAAUCCAGAUGGCACUUUGGGCCCGGAAGAAGCACCAGCUGUACCUGAAAAAGGGGACUUCCUCUCAGUGGAGAAAAGCAGCUAUGAUUCCAUUUGUGCUGUAAAUGCAAAUAGAUUUGGUCUGAAACUAUCAAGGACACACACUCCAUUUAGCUGUCCAAAUGGCAAUGUGGGUUUUCCCAAAAAAAUAAAAUAUAAGAACAGAAGAGCAGUCAUUCUGGAUUAGACCAGGGUGCCAGCACCUUUUUUACACACUGACUAGUUGCUGGGGACCCAAAUAAAUACUUUGUAGUAAACUCAAGGAGUAGCUCAGGUACUUUGCUCGAGGAAAGUUCCAGGUGCAGUCCUGUGGAACUCCAAGUACCGAGGAUCCAGAGACGCAAGAGCUGGAAUGAGCAUUUUUCUGCCUUGGCGCAGAGAGGGCCUUCCUUCCUUCCUUCCUUCCUUCCUUCCUUCCUUCCUUCCUUCCUUCCUUCCUUCCUUCCUUCCUUCCUUCCUUCCUUCCUUCCUUCCUUCCUUCCUUCCUUCCUUCCUUCCUUCCUUCCUUCCUUCCUUCCUUCCUUCCUUCCUUCCUUCCUUCCUUCCUUCCUUCCUUCCUGCUAGCAGCUUAAAUGAAGACAGUAAUCUAGAAUCAAUAUCAUGAGCUGCUCAAUCCUAUCUUCAGAAAUAUGGAUUCUUCCGCCACAUAAAGGUUAGAUAACAAUUCAUUUGUAGAGGAGAAAUGAACCUUUAGACCCAUGAGGUGUCAUUGUAAUUUUCUGGGUAUCAAGUGCCACUGAAUUAAUUCAAUGGGAUAUAUGAGGGAGCAGGCAAAGAAUUUGCCUACACGCAUUUAACUAGAAUAGGUCCAAGUGAAUUCAGUGGAUUCACUUCUGAAAAAAUGUGUGCAGAAUCAGGUUACAUUUAGUCUUAACAUAUGUUAAGAGCACUCACUGAACUUUAGAACUCUAAAUAAAUAUUCUCCUGUGUUCUAAAAUCUGUUGUUUUCUUACACUUAUUUUGUUUACUGCUGGCCAAAAUUGACAAAGCAAAAUGUUAUCAUAAUAAAACAUUUAUUUUAAGGA